GACGCGGUCGCUUUCCACGGUCUCGGCGUUCACGUCUUCACCGCCGCAGUACAAUCACUACAAUGUGGAAUUCAGGUGUGAUACAAGAGACUACUACUGCCACUCACCAUCAGUCGACACUUCGACAGUUGCCGGCAACCGCUUACCGCCAACCGGCAUUCGCGUCCCGUCCGUCGACCGGUGUGAACGUGUGCGCUUCGUCUACCACGGUGUCUGCCGUCGCGUUUCUCGUGACCAGUGAUAACGGUUUGCGCCACUGAUAACAAACGCGCAGCACGAUAAUAACAAAAAAUACUGCCUAUUGAUAUUUGAUAUUAUUGCAGUGAUCUUAUUGGCGGCUGUUCGACGGCAUAUUGACGAAAAUGUGACCGGCCGGUCGCGGUGGAACUAUGUCCAGAAAAACCAAACGAUGGCUGUUACAGUUGCAGAUACUACUCGCCCUGUUGGCGCUCGCAUCGUUCGUUUUCUACCAACAAGUAGGAAUUGCCGGAGGCAAUGUGCUUACUCCUGCCCAGCAACAGCUACCAAAAACAGUUAGCAACUCAACAAACUAUUCAAUGUUGGAAAGAAAAACAUUCCAACACAUCUUGCCUGUUGAUGAUGAUCUGUUAGAAAAAGUGUUCAUCACCGUAAAAACUACUGGCAGAAAUCACUUGACCAGAUUGCCUGUAAUCAUAAAGACUUGGUUUCAAUUAGCAAAAAGACAGACUUGGUUUUUUACAGACACUAAUGAUCAACAUUUAAGUCAAGUGACGGGUGGUCACGUCAUAAACACUAACUGUUCGGCUACCCAUAGCAGACGUGCUCUGUGCUGUAAAAUGUCUGUCGAAUUGGACGUGUUCCUCGAAUCGAAAAAGAAGUGGUUUUGUCACGUAGACGACGACAACUAUGUUAAUGUUCCUGCUUUGAACGAAUUAUUGAAAAUGUAUAAUCCAAUUGGAGAUUGGUAUUUGGGACGUACUAGCACUCCAAAGCCAUUACAAAUUCGCACCAAAUUCCAAAAAACUACAUUUUGGUUUGCUACUGGAGGUGCUGGAUUUUGUUUGAGCCGUGCAUUAGUAUUAAAGAUGGCACCAAUAUCUGGAAAUGGAAAACUUAUGGCGAUUGGGGAUCGUAUAGGUCUUCCAGAUGAUGUUAGCGUCGGAUAUGUUAUAGAACAUUUGUUGAAAAUUCAACUGACUAGAGUGGAACAAUUCCACUCGCACUUGGAGCCAAUGAGACUUAUAAAAAAAGAUCUAUUCAACGAACAACUGACAUUUAGUUAUUCCUUGGACAAUGAUCCAAACACUGUGGACGUGGAUGGGUUCAACGAAAUCACCGAUCCUACUAGAUUUCUUUCACUGCAUUGUUUUUUGUUUCCUGAAGCUUCGAACUGUGUCGAAAAAUAAGUAUUACACUGUUAAUCGUUAUAUUGUUUCAGAAACAUAGUGAGAGUUAAUAAAAUCAAAUUUAGCGUCGUUUUGUAACAUUUUCCUCGGUAUUUUUUAAGUUGUUGUCUUGCUUGGCCUAACGUUUUAUUAACUUGAAAUACAAAAACCAUUAAUCAUAAGGUCUUCAGAAUGUGCAUGUCAUGGUUGAUCAGAAGGUGGGAAACCGUCAUAAUGGUAGCGACUAAUAUUCGUUUGCUUACAGUUGGAUACUCAUUUCCCAUAAUGUACACAGGAUGAUAUAGGACUAAUAAAAUUCCCUCAUUACUAUAUCGUUUGUUACGAUAACGACAUUAACAAUGAAUAUUUUCGAUUAAUCUUAAGUCUAGCCUAAAUUAACUUUAUAAUAAAUAUGGUGUAUAAAAGGAUUUUUUAAUUUUAGUUUUUCAAGUAAAAGAAAUUCGGAACACAAAUUUACUGAUUUACUGAAAUGUUAUGUCUUAAAUAUUUUCGAUUAUUUUUGUAUAAAAAUUUAAAGAGUACAGAUAGUCUUUAUAGUACUAUAAGAGACAUUAUUGGAACAAUAAAUCAGUAGGAAGUGUGUGUAAACAGUAUAAACAAUAAAAUAGUAGUUCUUUAAUCCUUAAUUUAUGUUAAAAUUGAUCAUUGCUCUAUAUGUGUUAUGAGUAAUCAAUAAUUGUUAUAAUUGUUUUAGACGUGGUAUGAAUAUUUGACUGAGCAAAGGACGCGUAGUAUUGUUUCAUAUAAUUACUUAUAUUAGUUAAAUUCUUUGUUGUUGUCUGUCCAUAAUAAAGGCAUUCAUUUCAAUUUUUUUUUUAAUGUAAGGAAACGGACAAGGUCUUUACAUAUAUACACUUAAUUAUUAGUAAUAUUUUGUUUCUAGUGUCUACCUUAGAUACCUAUUGUCUGUAAAACGUGUAUAUAUAUGUCAUCUAUUCAGUAGACGAACUAAUAUAAUGUAAUGUGUAUUUAUAUACGAGAUUCUUUUUAUCGAUGGGAUAAAUUUAACAAUGAAAUGUUCGAAUAAAAAUCAACCAAAAAGACAAUUUGAAUUUGUAAUUUGAAAUUUACUUGGCUCUUUUGACAAAUAUUGUCAUCAAAAGUGAGUAGAAUGGGUAGAUUAUCAAUAGUAAUUCGGCGAUAAAGGUAUAUGUAUCUAUUUUUUUUUAAUUUUAAUUUUAAUAAUAAAAGUUAAUGCUUAAAAACUAUUUUCUAAAGUUUUUCGUUGUUCAUCGAUCUCAUUCGCAUUUUAACGAAAUAUUUCUCAGUAGUAGUCGCUAAUAUAUUGGUAUAUUAUGUAAAAUAUAAUAUGUAUCUACUCACGUAUCUACCUACGUGCCACCGGAUGGCGCCUUAUUGACAUGCACGUUAUUUAUAUUUAGUUUUUUCGUCUGUGAUAUUUAAUUUUAAGUAAUUAUUUUUUGUACAAAUAUAAUUUAUUAUUAUCAUUAUCUACAUUAUGAUCUGUUUGUUUGUUAUUUAAUCAAAACACUUAUAUUGUACGGAAUUGCAGCUAUUACCUAUUUGUACCUUUUUAUUGUAUAUUUUAAGUAAUUAAAAUGUUUUUAUUUUUCGUUAAUUUAAAUAAAUUGUUCAUUUUUUAUACUAUUA